CUCAACUCCUCAUAGGCUGGGCGACCACCAGAGCGCCCGAGAGUGCCCUAAGUCUGCUCUCCCGCUCCCAGCUCCGCGUCGCUCGCCCUCCGGCCCGAAAGCCCUCCCCUUCCCCACCGGAGCAAACAUGACCCUCUCUUAAAAGCAGCCUGGCUGCUGCCACCCGCUCCGACUCUCUCCAGGAGCCCGGCGCUUUCGAGCUAUCCAGCGGGGCGCAGCAGCUCCUGCUGCAGCCAUGGCGCGGGGACGAGGCGGCGGCGGCGGCCAGUGAGCUCCCUGCGCCUGGAGUGGACAGCCGAGCCGAGCAGGCCGGGGGGUGCAGCCAGGGGCGUAGCUGCUGCUGCUGUCCCAGACCUGCUGGCCAAAGCGCUGCGCCCAGCAGAAGCAGCCAGACCCCGUCUCUUGGCACCUCGCCGGAAAGCAAGGCAGUUUUAGAAUCCAGAAGUAUGGAUCUUUGGCCGUUGCUGUUUACUUUGGCUUUGGUGUCUGCAAACAAAUCUCUUUCCACAAGUGUGGAAAGACCACAUAUUAUUCAGUGCAGAUCACCUGAAAUGGAAACAUUUUCUUGUUUUUGGAACAAUGGGGGUUAUCACAAUUUGACUGUCCCAGAAAAUAUUCAACUGAUGUAUACAAAAAGGCAAAAUGAAUGGAAAGAAUGUCCUGAUUAUGUAACUGCAGGUGAAAACAGCUGUUUCUUCAACAGAACAUACACCUCUGUUUGGGUUCCUUAUUGUAUCAAGCUAACAGGUGGAAAUCAAACAUACGAUGAAAAAUGUUUAUACGUUGAAGAAAUAGUAAUCCCUGACCCUCCCAUUGGACUCAACUGGAGUGUAAUAAAUACAAGCCCGACAGGCGUCUUCACAGACAUUGAAGUCAUUUGGAAGCCUCCACCUUCUGCAGAUGUUCAGAAUGGAUGGGUCACUCUGAACUAUCAGCUACAGUACAAAGAAGUCAAUGGGACAAAAUGGAAUGAGCUGAGGACAGUGGUCUCAAUAACAAGACUGCCUGUGUAUGCUCUGAAGACGUGCCGUGAUUAUGAGAUACGAAUCCGAGCAAAAGUUGCAUCUCAAAUCUAUGGAGAGUUCAGUGAAAUACUUUAUGUGUCUUUUGGUGCAAAUGACCUGAUGCCAUGUGAUGAAGAAUUUCGAGUCCCUUGGUCUUUCAUGAUAGCCUUUGGAACCCUUGGUGUGAUGGUGAUACUAUCCAUUAUCCUCUUUGUUAAACAGCAGAAGUUAAAGAUACUGAUUCUUCCUCCUGUUCCAGUUCCCAAAAUUAAAGGGAUUGAUCCAGACUUCUUAAAGAAAGGAAAACUGGAUGAAGUCAAUUCCAUCCUGGCCUGUCAUGGUAGUUACAUACCACCACUGUAUGGAGAUGACUCUUGGGUUGAAUUUAUUGAGCUGGAUAUAGACGAUGCUGAAGAGAGAACUGGAGGGUCAGAUACUGACAGGCUUCUUGGCGAUGACCACCUGAAGUCUCACAGCUGUCUUGGAGUGAGGGAUGAUGACUCUGGGCGGGCCAGCUGCUGUGAGCCCGAUAUCCCAGAGACUGAUUUCAGCGCAAGUGAUACGUGUGAUGGCACCUCAGACAUUGGGCAGUUCAAAAAGGCCAAUGAGAAAGAAGAGGAUCUCUUGUGCCUUGAUCAAAAAGAACACGAGAAGCCAGUGUCAGAUGUGGACAACUUAAAUACCCAGGAGCCAUCUGAUAAUCCACCAGAAGACCAGCAACCAAACGCCCAGGUUUCUAUCAGCACCAAGACAACAAGCCCUCCUGUCCAAACCCAGAGUUCAAUGGCAAACAUUGACUUUUACACGCAGGUCAGUGACAUUACGCCAGGAGGAAGUGUUGUACUUUCUCCAGGGCAAAAAGGUAAGAUGGGGAAACCCCUGAGUAAGGUUCAGAAAGAACCCACUGUGCAGUGCCAACCAAACUUUGCCAUGGACAGUGCCUAUUUCUGUGAGUUGGAUGUGAAAAAAUAUGUCACUGUGACGCCUCAAGAAGAGGCUGAGCCAGAAGCUCCAGAGCAGAGCUUUCCUGAGGGUGCUUGCUUCUCCACAGAGAGCCUUACCACUAAUGCUGUGAACACCUCCACAGCAACAGCAGAAGAGGAAGCUGGAAGUUCUGACAUGCCUGUGGCGGACUACACCUCCAUCCAUGUGGUACAAUCUCCACAAGGCCUUGUGCUAAAUGCUACAGCUCUCCCUGUGCCAGACAAAGAAUUCAUGUUAUCAUGUGGUUAUGUGAGCACUGACCAACUGAACAAAAUCCUGCCAUAGGUUUCAUAUGCAAAAGGGUGUGACCCACCCCCCAAAUGCCUCCAUGAGGUUCCGAUUCCCAAGUGGAGCUCUUUAAAAAGAGGGGAGGGGGCUCCCCAGUUCAUUUCAGUGCCAUGGAAUACUUUCCAUAAUUGCAAAGCAUUCUUUACCAUUGAAAUGAAUGGUCAUGUUCGUCGGGCGAUCCACGUGCGUGCCGGAGGCCCUGCAUGCAGACACCUUUGAAUUGAGACAUAUAUUUAAAUGGCAUAGAGUUGGCUUGGGCUUGUAAGCUUAAACCAAAAUAAAUGUAUUCAGUGUUUUUCAAAGGGGGAGGAAGGAUGCAGCCCCUUCCUCUUCAUUCUGAGACGUUGAAUCAGUCACAGUAUUGCUGCCAUAUUUUGUAAAUAUAUAUAUUUUUGGAAAUGUUGUAGAAGCUGGUUUCAGUAGCAGUGACUGUCUUUUGUGAUUGUCAAUGUUGGUUUGGGGUCAUUCUUACAAAAUUGGAUGACUUGUAACAUGUCGUAAAUCUUUGUUCCAAAAGCUAACAGCACGCAGUUUUUGAAAUUUGGACAUUUGAUGUCAAAUUGCAUCCCGUGCCAAGAUAUUUAUACUGGGAACCGAAGAAAAAAUGUAGGAGAGCAACAAGUAGUUUGGAUAAAUACAUUUAUUUUGAUUUAUAUAAAUAAACCUAUUUUAAUACUUUAGACAAGCAGGCAUGGAUACUUUAUAUGCACACUGCACAUUGUAGUUUAUAAUGAUCCAUCUCUAGAAUGUAUGUUUUUGCAGUCAAUGCAGCAAUUUAAACAAGAAUAUAAGGAAAGGAAAUGCUUUUUACAAAA